CUUACUGUUGGGUCUGCUGUGGCCGGUCUGGGAGGGUUGAGCCCUGGUCCAGCCCCGAGUGGAGAGCGAGCCUCUCACCAUGACAGCCUGUUGCAGCUGGAACGAUGUUUUCCAGUAUGAGACAAACAAAGUCAUCCGGAUCCAGAGCAUGAAUUAUGGCGCCAUUAAAUGGUUCUUCCGUGUGUUGUUCUUUUCCUACAUUAGCUUUGCUUUGGUGAAUGACAAGCGGUACCAAUGGAAAGAACCUGUCAUCAGUUCUGUGCAUGCCAAGGUGAAAGGGGUGGGAGAGGUGAAAAAGGAGAUUAUGGAGAACGGACUGAAGAAGGUAGUGUGGAAUGUCUUCGACACGGCAGAUUACACUGUCCCCUUGCAGGGGAACUCUUUUUUUGUGAUGACAAACUUUCUCAAGAUAGAAGGCCAAGAGCAAGGGUUGUGUCCUGAGUACCCCACCCGCGGGACGCUCUGUUCCUCUGACCAGGGCUGUAAAAAGGGAUGGAUGGGUCCAAAGAGCAAAGGAAUCCAGACCGGCAGGUGUAUAGAGUAUAAAGAGAAGCAGAAGACCUGUGAAGUCUCCGCCUGGUGUCCCGUGGAGGCAGUGGAAAAGGCCCCAGAGUGAGUUGUAGGGAGGGGACAGACACGGUGGCCCUCAGCUUUGAGCAGAUGAGGUUCUGCCAGGCACUGUUCCGACUUCCCUUCUCAGCACCGUCCCCCCAAAAACAUCUUGCCGGAUAUAAACGUCACUUGCACCUUUCACAAGACUCAGAAUCCACAAUGUCCCAUUUUCCGACUAGGAGAUAUCUUCCAAGAAACAGGAGAUAAUUUUUCAGAUGUGGCAAUUCAGGGAGGAAUCAUGGGCAUUGAGAUCUACUGGGACUGCAACCUGGACAGGUGGUUCCAUCACUGCCGUCCAAAAUACAGUUUCCGUCGCCUUGACGACAAGACUGCCAAGGAGUCCUUGUACCCUGGCUACAACUUCAGAUAUGCCAAGUACUAUAAGGAAAAUAAUACCGAAAAGCGGACCCUGAUAAAAGCCUUUGGGAUCCGUUUUGACAUCCUGGUUUUUGGCACCGGAGGAAAAUUUGACAUUAUCCAGCUGAUCGUGUACAUCGGUUCAAACCUCUCUUACUUUGGUUUGGCCACUGUGUUCAUUGACUUUCUCAUCAACACUUACUCAAAUAAAUGCUGUCGAUCCCGUAUUUAUCCCUGUUGCAAGUGCUGUGAACCCUGUGCAGUCAAUGAAUACUACUACAGAAAGAAGUGUGAAUCCAUUGUGGAGCCAAAGCAGACAUUAAAAUAUGUGUCCUUUGUGGAUGAACCCCACAUUAGGAUGGUAAACCAAAGGCCACUUGGGAGAAGUCUGCAAGAUGUUGAAGGUGAAGAAGUGCCAAGACCCCCGAUGGACUUCACAGACUUGUCCAGGCUGCCUCUGUCUCUUCACGAGCCACCCCCCAUUCCUGGACAACCAGAGACUAUCCAGCUGCUCAGUGAAGGGGCAACCCCUAGAUCCAGUGACUGCCCGAAUUGGUGCCAGUGCGGAAAGUGCCUCCCAUCCCAACUCCCUGAGAGACAAAGAUGCUUGGAGGAGCUGUGCUGUCGGAAAAAGCUGGGUGCCUGUAUCACCACCUCAGAGCCAUUCAAGAAGCUUAUCCUGUCCAGACAUGUCCUGCAGUUCCUCCUGCACUACCAGGAGCCCUUGCUGGUGCUGGAUGCAGAUUCUACCAACAGCCAGCUGCGGCACUGCGCCUACAGGUGCUAUACUACGUGGCGCUUUGGCUCCCAGGACCUGGCUGACUUUGCCAUCCUGCCCAGCUGCUGCCGCUGGAGGAUCCGGAGAGAGUUUCCCAAGAGGGAAGGUCAGUACAGUGGCUUCAAGAGUCCUUACUGAUGUGCUGAGCAGUCAUAUAAUAUUGCCUUCGCUUGCACCUUGAGCUUCACCUGCAAAGAUGUGUGUCCAGAUUUUCAGCCACAGGGAAAUGUGCUUUCCUCCUCCCCCAGCUCUGUUUGUGUCAGAGAGCAAAGUGACCGGAGUAAACAAACAGCAACUAAACUAGAAUCCCUCAGCAUGGACUGAGAGUCAAGAGAUUCAGAUUUAUAUCUCCAUUCUAUCCCUAGGAAGUUGUGUGAUCCUAGGCCUUUAACCUCUGUACCUCAUUUGCCUUAUUAUCCAAUCUAUUGUUUCACAGGGAUAUUAGGAGAGCAAAUUGAGACAGUGUACACAAACUCUCUUUUUAACGCAUAAAGAGCUACAUGAAUAUGAAGCAGCUCAUUUUGAGGUGAGACUAGGAUAAUGUCCAACUAUCAACAAACCCUUGGGUCCUGGUUAAAGAAUGGGGAGGAUUAAAAGUUUUGGCACAAAUUUUUUGGCAUUUGUCCUAUAGGACCUGAGGGGUUAUAUCUCCUCCCCUUGUGUCUUGGCCGCUCUGAUCACUUUAUCCAAUGAUAAAGUGAUGCUGUGUCAGCUUCAGGGUCUUGGUCUUAAGAUGCUGUCAGCUUCCACUUCCUGUCCCUUGAAACUCUUGCUGUGAAGGAAGCAAGCUCCCAUGUAAAAAUCUGCCUAUCCUGAGUCCACCCUGCUGUGAAGAAGCCCAAGCAGCCAUGUGAAGAGGAGAGAUGCCCCCAGCAUUCAAGCCAUCCAAGCCCAUGGGAGAGAAGAAGCCUUCAGAUGAUUCCAGAUCCUGCUAACAUGUGACUGCAACUGCAUCAGACAACCCAAGUGACAGCUACCCAGUGAACCCACAGAACAAAAAUUGUUAUU